AUGCCUCGGGGGCAGAAGAGUAAGGUCCGUGCCCACGAGAAACGCCUGCAGGCGCAAAGUGCGUCUCAGAGUGUCAAGGGCGCCCAAGCCGCCGCGGCAGAGGCUGAAGAGUCCGCCUCCUUUCCUCUUUCUGGGGAGUCUCCCACGAGCUCCUCUGCCCCUGGUCCAUCCCAGAAGCCUCAGCGAGCCCGGGCCACUAGCUCUCCUGGGGAAGGCGUGUCGUGCCCAAGAUCUCAUGAAGCUGCCAAGAGCCAAGAUGAGGAAAGUGCAAGGGCCUCCCGGGCAGCACUCUCCUCUCGGAGGGCUCGCAGAGAUCCUCUCAACAGGAGGGUGUGCAGGCUGGUGCAGUUCCUGCUGGAGAAGCUUCAAAGGAAGGAGCCCAUCACGCAGGCGGCGCUGCUGAGGAUCGUCGGCAGGAAGUUCAAGGAGCAGUACCCUGAGGUCCUCCGGAGAGCCUGUGAGCGCCUGGAGCUGAUCUUUGGCCUUGAGCUGAAGGCUGUCACCCCCAACAGCCACACCUAUGCCUUUGUCAACAAGCUGGGCCUCCCGAUUGAGGGAGACCUGUGCGAUGACGAGGUGGUGCCCAAAACCGGGCUCCUCAAUGCUCUCCUGGGGGUGAUCUUCAUGAAGGGCAACCACGCCACUGAGGAGGAGAUCUGGGAGUUCCUCGGUGUGUUCGGGAUCCAUCCGGGGACGAGGCACGUCAUCGUGGGGGAGCCCAGGGAGUUCAUCACCAAGGAUCUGGUACAGCAACGGUACCUGGAGUACCACCGGAUGCCCGGCAGUCGUCUUCCACGCUAUGCAUUUCAGUGGGGCCCAAGAGCCUACGUUGAGACCAGCAAGAUAAAAGUGCUGGAGUUCCUGGCCAAGAUCAAUGGCACUGUCCCCUCUGCCUUCCCCAACCUGUUUGAGAAAGCAUUGAGACAUGAGGAAGACAGAGCAUGGCUCACGGCUGCAGCCAUGGUUGCCUCUUUUGAGAAGGGCACUGCCCCUUCCAGGGCCAAGUAG